CAGUCUGAUACAGUGACUCACACUUUGGCUUGAGCCUGUGAGAGGAUGUAACGGUUUAAAGCACAUAUAUGUUUACAAAGGAAAGGGCCAUAUAUAACAUGAGUAGUAGUUGAUGGCGAUCGUUUAGUCUCUAUCACAUCAACACACCCUCUCCUAUUUACUCCUUUUUCUUGAUCUUGACAAUACCCGGUCCCUUUCCCUCCAAACUUUCUAUUCCCAUCCCCACUUUUCUAAGCAUUUUCCGCCACUUCCCUCGCAGGUUGCCCGGAGAAGAUCCAAUUACAACAUGGAUGACACCUUAUGCGACAUUUUUGACGAUAAAGAGUUUGGCGGGGACGAACUCUUUGCCAUUUUAGAGAGCCUCGAAUCUGACUUCACCGAUUUCCCUCCCAUUAACCAAGCUGUUGCUAUCUCAAAGGAGACCAACGAGGAUGUUUCCAGAUUGGCCUCCCAAAAGUCAACCUCUUCAAGUGCUGCUCAAGAUUCCGAAACUGAGCUUGAAACCUCGCCCAAAACAAAGAGACAGAAGCUUACCACCCCAGAGGAAGCAAAUCCCGAUGGACAACAAAAGAUGUCUCACAUUACCGUUGAACGCAACAGGAGAAAGCAAAUGAAUGAACACUUGUCUGUCUUGAAGUCACUCAUGCCUUGCUUUUAUGUCAAAAGAGGAGAUCAAGCAUCGAUAAUUGGAGGUGUGGUUGAUUACAUCAACGAGUUGCAGCAGGUUCUGCAAGCCCUGGAGGCCAAGAAACAAAGAAAAGUUUACAGCGAAGUACUAAGCCCUAGGCUUGUUUCAAGCCCAAGGCCUUCACCACUGAGUCCUCGGAAGCCACCUCUGAGCCCGAGACUAAACUUGCCCAUAAGCCCAAGAACUCCACAACCAGGAAGCCCUUAUAGGCCAAGGUUGCAGCAAGGCUACAACAACAUUAUUUCACCAACCAUGUCGAACUCUCUGGACCCUUCUCCCACUACUUCUUCCGCUUCCUCCAUGAACGACAACAUCAACGAGCUUGUUGCGAAUUCGAAAUCAGCUUCUGCUGACGUGGAGGUAAAGUUUUCAGGUCCGCACGUUCUUCUGAAAACGGUGUCGCAACGAAUUCCAGGUCAGGCUCUGAAGAUAAUAACGGCACUUGAAGAUCUUGCGCUCGAAAUCCUCCAUGUCAAUAUUAACUCUGCUGCUGAUGAUACCAUGCUCAACUCGUUCACUAUCAAGAUUGGAAUUGAAUGCCAACUGAGUGCGGAAGAACUUGCUCAACAAAUCCAGCAAACAUUCUGCUAAUUAUAAAAAGAAGGGUUAUUAUGUCUCAGACCAAACAUCUGCAAUUCCAUGCACCCCUCUCUCUUCUCAUACUGUGUUGUACCUACCUUGUUGUACAAAAAUGGGAAGACCCAUUUAUUUUCAACAAUUUAUCAUUUUCCUUCUUUUUUA